AUGCAGUCGCAACCAAGACCCUUCACGCCCACGCCGUCUACCACCACCACCACCAACACCAACGCCUCAGCCUCCAACGACGCUAUCUCCUCGCCUGGUCUGCGCAGCGGACAGCAGCAGCGACAGCAGCAGCGUCAGCACCACCAGCACCCUGGCUUCGCCGCUGUCGAUUUGAACGGCCAAGUUGCGGCCAGCGCAAGCACGACUUCGUCGCCCACCUCUUCCACCUCGUCAAACUUUACCAACCCGGCCGCUUUCCGACGCUUCGGCGGACCUCCGCCCUACAGCAGCCAGCUCCACUCUCGUCAGAGCAGCGCCACGGCCUUCACCUCCGACACCCUCCCUUCGACCGCGCCAAACAACCCGCUCGACCGCAGCGAAGACUACGCCGCCGCGGCUACGGCAUCGCCCUACCAAGACGCACCCCCUGCCUGGCGCAAGCGGUACAUUGACCAGGACGACAACCAAUCCAUCCUACCCACCCACUCGCCCCCAGCCUCCCAUUUCGGCUACAUGGACGUGUCCUCGGCCGUCAACAGCAGGGCGGCCGCAGCCAACGGCAGCCCGGCGUCAGCCACCCGGCGGUUCGCAGCGGGCGGAUUCGACCCGUACGGCGCCAAUGGCUCGGAUUCGAACGCCUCGUCGGCGGCCGCUUCCCGCACCGGAUCCACCACCAACCUGGCCGCCUACGACAAGGCCGCAGAGGCCGGCUUCAGCGCCGGCGGCGCCGCCAUGCCGCCAAAGUCGAGCAAGUACGCCAACAUGAUCCCCGUCCACAAGCCCGCGCCCUCGCACCUCGAGACGCUGGCAUGGCUCAUGGAGCAGGAGGAGUUUGUCGGCCUCGUCUACACGCUGCUCGCGCUCGUAACCCGCCUCUGGGGCAUCGGGCGCAGCAACACCGUCAUCUGGGACGAGGCCCAUUUCGGCAAGUUCGGCUCCCACUACCUCAAACAGGAGUUCUACUUUGACGUUCACCCCCCGCUCGGAAAGAUGCUCGUCGGUCUCGCGGGCCUGCUGAGCGGCUACCGCGGCCAGUUCGAGUUCAAGUCCGGCGAGGUCUACCCGGCCGACGUCAACUAUGUCGGCAUGCGCGUCAUCCUCGCCCUGUUUGGCGUGGCAAUGGUGCCCCUCGCCUGGUUCACCAGCGGCGGUCUGGGCUGGAACUGGCGCGCCCGCCACCUCCUCGCCCUCAUGGUCCUCUUUGACAAUGGCUGGCUCGUCAUCUCGCGCUUCAUCCUGCUCGACUCGAUGCUCCUCUGCUUCACUUUUGCCACCGUCCACGGCCUCGUCAUGUUCAACCAGUACCGCCACGCCCCCUUUAGCCACAUGUGGUGGUUCUGGCUCACCUUUACCGGCUUCUCGAUUGGCUGCGUGUCGAGCGUCAAGUGGGUCGGCCUCUUUGUCACCGCCCUGGUCGGCGUCUUCACCGUCGAGGACCUCUGGGACAAGCUGGGCGACCUCCGCAUGCCCGCCCGCACCUACGCCCGCCAUUGGUGCGCGCGUAUCCUCUGCCUGAUCGUCAUCCCGGUCAGCGUCUACAUGGCCUCGUUCAAGCUCCACUUCCUCAUCCUCAGCGGAUCCGGACCCGGCGACGCCCAGAUGAGCAGCCUGUUCCAGUCGCACCUGCGCGGCAACGACUUUGCAAAGUCGCCGCCCGAGGCCGCGUUUGGCAGCCGCAUCACGCUCAAAAACAUGGGCUACGGCGGCGGCCUGCUCCACUCGCACAUCCAGACCUACCCCACGGGCUCCGAGCAGCAGCAGGUGACGUGCUACCAUUACAAGGACGAGAACAACGAGUUUGUCAUCACGCCGCCCUGGAACGAGCCCCAGCUGCCGGCGGCCAACGACACUGAGGCGGCGUCGCAGCCGCCGCGCAUGCUCAAGGCGGGCGACACGAUCCGCCUGGUGCACAACAUGACCCGACGCAACAUCCACUCGCACGCCAUCGCGGCCCCCGUGACCAAGGAAAACUACGAGAUCUCGGGCUACGGCGACGACGUCGUGGGCGACGAAAAGGACCACUGGGUGGUGGAAGUGGUCGACGACAUGGUCCACGGCAAGGUGGCCAAGGGCGAUCCAAUCCGCUCGCUGACGACGCGCAUGCGGCUGCGCCACCAGCAGCUCGGCUGCUACAUGCGCGCCGCCAACGCCAUCCUGCCGCAGUGGGGCUGGAAGCAGGUCGAGGUGUCGUGCGACAAGGAAAACAACCCGCGCGACGAGCACACGUGGUGGAACAUCGAGAACCACUGGAACACGAAGCUGCCCGAGGGCAACAACCAGCUCUACCGCUCGCCCUUCCUGCGCGACUUUAUCCACCUCAACGUGGCCAUGAUGACGUCCAACAACGCGCUCGUUCCCGACGCCGACAAGGAGGACAUCCUGGCGUCGAAGCCGUUCGACUGGCCCUUCCUCUGGAACGGCCUGCGCAUGAACUCGUGGGCCGACAACAGCACCAAGUACUACCUCAUCGGCAACCCGGCCAUCUGGUGGACGUCGUCGCUCUCGCUCGGCGCUUUCGUGGUGACGCUGCUGUGGUACCUGAUGCGCCAGCAGCGGCGCAUCCAGGACCUCAGCCCGCGCGACUUUGACCACUUUGUCUACGUCGGCAAGGUGGCGGGUUUCGGCUGGAUCCUGCACUAUGCGCCCAUGCUGUCGCUCGGACGCGUGUGCUAUCUGCACCACCACCUGCCUAUCCUCUACUUCCAGGUGCUCAUGCUCGCCCACCUCCUCGACCACUUCCUCUGGAACGAUACCACCGCCUGGUACCGCUUCGCCAGCGUAGAUGCCGCCGUCGCCGCCGGCGGUGGCGGUGUCAAGCGACGUGCCGUGCGCAGGCAGCCGCUGAGCCAGGGCGUCAAGAACGCGUCGUUCCUCGCCGCCUCGCUCGUCGUCGUCGGCGUGUUUUGGUGGUUCCGCGGCAACAGCUACGGCUUCGAUGGCGAUAUCCACAAGAUCAAGGGGCUCAAGUGGAGGAAGAGCUGGAACAUCUACUAG